CAAACAUCCAACUUGCUCAAGAAAGGAGCAACAUUUGGCCACUAUCAUAUAUCUCUUGAAUAAGGAAAGUCUUUAAAAGUCCUUAGGUUUAGUUUUCCAACAUGAUUCCAGCAUUUAUCAAGUUACUUAUGAUGAUCAAAGGGUACCUCAUGCAGGGUUUAUCAUGGUGGCAGAUGCCUUUUGUCCUGGUAAUGCUGUAUCAGUUCCAACAACGGGAAGUAUUGAUGAAAUAUAAUCUAUUCGACUCGUAUCCAAGAGCCGUGGAGACACGGAAACAACACUGUAACGAUCCUGUUGUGGGUUAUUAUCAUUUGGGAUGUUAUGGUAAAGUAACGUCAGGGAAACGAUUUACUCAAUCAUCGUACGAUAACUGCAUUAGGCAUUGUUUGGACGUAAAGAAGCAACCAUAUGCUGCUUACAACGAAAAAAAUGGAUUUUGUCGUUGCCUCUCAUCCGUACCAAGGCACCGGGAUAACUCAAGAUCCUGCUGUGGAUCGCCCUGUUACACGUUUUUUUUCUGGAAUCAAUACUGCCAGAGGAGAUAUAACGUCUAUAGGACUCUGCACUGCACAGAGCGUAUGCGCAAAGCCAGAACUAUAGACGGCACAUGUAACGACCUGAACAAUCCAGCCAUGGGAAGUCGGCUUUAUCGAUUUGGUAGAAACGUCCCGUUGAAUUGGACUGCAGAGGACGAUCAAAUGUUGGAACCAAAUCCCAGAAAAAUCGCUCGAGAAGUUCUCGCCAGGAAGGAGUUCAUCCCUGUCAAACAGAUAAACUUGCUAGCCGCAGGCUGGAUCCAGUUCAUGCUUCAUGAUUGGUUUGAUCAUGGCGAGCAAGACCACCAGAAUAGAAUAGAGGUCCCUUUGGAGAGGAAUGAUCCUCUGUAUAGCCAUCAUAAGCCCUCAAUGAGCGUCUCACGUACCAAGCCUGAUAACUGUAAUAAGCGUGAAGAUCAGCCAGCAACUUUCCAAAAUGAUGUCACCCAUUGGUGGGACCUGUCGCAGAUCUAUGGAAGCGACGUGGAGACGAACAAGAAGGUUCGAUCCUUUGAAGAAGGAAAACUUAAAAUAGACGUCAAUGGUCUAUUGCCUGUGAACCCCGACACAGGAAUUGACAUCACAGGCUUCAGUAACAAUUGGUGGGUUGGACUCGCUCUGAUGCACAACAUCUUCACGAGGGAGCACAAUGCCAUAUGUGACAUGUUAUAUGAGAUUUAUCCAACUUUGAAUGACCAAGAACUAUUUGAUAAGGCAAGGCUCAUCAAUACAGCGGUAAUGAUCAAAAUCCACACCAUUGAAUGGACUCCAGCUAUUUUAAACAACAAAGCCUUAAGAACAGGAAUGCGCGUUAACUGGGGAUUGGGUCCUGGUAAGGAGACCUGGGACUGGCUUCGAGCUCAAAACAUAACCUCAAACCCUGGGAUUAAGUCUCUUGUAGGAGGACCGACCAAACUCCGUGGAGUACCGUUCAGCUUGACCGAGGAGUUUGUAUCUGUGUACAGAAUGCACCCAUUGUUGCCUGAUUUCCUCAAGAUUCGCUCUAUGGAGACAAAAGAGUACACAGAAGAAAGCUACAGUCUUCCAAAUUAUUCAUUUUCAAAUGCAAGGAAGAUUUUCAAGAAACACAGCCUUUCUGACAUUCUUUAUACCUUUGGUGUUGAGUAUCCUGGAGCCUUGACUCUUAACAACUAUCCCAAGUUUCUAACGGACCUCAAGCUUCCUAAUCAUCAGCAGAAUGGCGAGACAGUUGACGUAUCAACCAUCGAUAUUUUAAGAGAUCGAGAACGUGGAGUGCCAAGAUAUAACAACUUCCGUCGUCUAAUGAAACUAAAGCCGGUGGAAUCGUUUGAGAAUCUCACAACCAAUGCACAACACGUGUCUGCAUUGAAAAAGUUGUACUGUAACGAUAUAGAGAAACUUGAUUUGUUGAUUGGUUCACUAGCCGAGGAGCCGAAGCCAACUGGGUUUGGGUUUGGUGAAACUUCGUUUAACUUAUUUGUGUUAAUGGCCAGUCGAAGAUUAGAAGCUGAUAGGUUUUUAACGAAAGACUUCAACAGCGAUACAUACACCGAGGAGGGAAUGCAGUGGAUAAAACAACGAAACAUGACUUCUUUGCUUCUUGACGCAUUCAAACGAGACAUCGAGGGGCUGCCCGACAUCUUAAAGAACGUUGAAAAUGCUUUCUUCCCAUGGAAUUAGACGAACAAAAAGAACUUUUGAGCAAUAACAGCAGUGAUAAUUUACCAAUUGUGAUAAUUUUUCGUCCACACGUAUCUUGUUAAGUUUAAUUCCUAUAAAAAAAUCUUUCCCCGCCACUUUCGCCAACUUUCGCAACUGUAUAGACGUACAAAUUAUGCAAAGAAAAGGUGUUGACACAAAAAUAUCAGGAUUCGCGUGGAUGUUUUUUUUUUCUUUUGCCGCAUGUACGGCUUAUGGGUAAAAGUGUGUCCAUUUUUUUCUGUCUUGUUAUUGAUCACAAUUUAAUAAAAUUGAAAACAGGGGAAAACGCUAUCUUUCUAAAUGUUGUGUUGUUCAAAGAGCAUAAGCAGUGGCGGA